CGACUUGGUUAUACAUCCUAAUCUUAAUUCCUCCGACUUCUCCUAAUGUUAAGCAUUAAUUUCUUUCCUUUAUUUUUGAAAUUCCAAUUAUUAUUUCUUGAUUAUCUUUCCUUAAACGAUUAAAAAUCAAAUUAAUUGAUAGUAUAUAUCUUAUCGAGAUUCCGUUUCGACGAAUUAAAUUCUCUUCUGUUUCGUUCUGGGACCGUGUAUAAGAGACAAAAGUUCGCGUAACGUUCAUCCUUCAACCUCAGAUAAGAAAACUCCUUUGCUUAUGCAUGGAUACAGCCUACAGGAAAAAAACAUUGAAUGUCACAGAUUCUCAAUAAUAUCUCAGAGACCAUCCCUUCGAUGAUGUCACAACCUUCACAUAGCUGUCUUCCUAUUUAAAACCUCUCCAUGCAACUCUAGCAACCCAUUUAAUAAAAUAAAAACAAAACCCACCAAAAAAGUCAUUUUGUUUGGGUUUUGUAUUUUAUUUAUUUUAUUUCUUCCUCCUCCAACUCAUCCUCAUACAUGGCUUCCACUUCUUCAUCUGAUCAGUCUCUUUCCAUCAAUUCCCAUCUAACCUCACCUUUAUUGACGUCAUCCAUGCUUUCACGCACGUCAUCUUCUUCCUCCGCCGUCGGAGACUAUAUAGGGACAGAGAGCUGCUUUGACGUCCUCUCCGCCGAUGAAGAAAACGACGUUGUCUCCCCACAGGAGCCUUUGAACCGGUUUCGUUAUGGAGGAAGGAGGAGAGAGGAAAGAGAAGCUAGAGCGGCGGCGGCGCGUGAGUUUCCUCCGCCGAUACCGUUGCUUGCUCAGACGGAGAAUCUUCUCCCGCACAUGCCGUGGGUUCUGAAGCGUGUGGUGACGAGCGACGGGAGGCUUAUCCUUAGAGAAGAGAAGGUUCGUCAUCACGAGUAUUUCCGUGCGCAUAGAUCCAAUGGCCGUCUCACUCUCCACCUUGUUCCUCUUGACGACGACGUUUUCGAACUUCCUCAAGAGCCCUCUCAUUACCCACCUGAUGAUGUUGAAGAGCAUGAUCAUGAUGAUGAUGAUCACGAGUGUAAUGGUGAUGGUGUUGAUGAUCAUCACGAGGUGAGAGAUGAUCUGGCGGAUAAUGUUGACAAGAGUGUUAUUAUUACUGUCCGUGAUGAUGAGGAUGGUGUUGUCCGCAAUUACGAUGAUGGUAAGGACAAUGUGCAUGGUGGUAGAGAAGAAGAAUAUAGGAGAGCGACAUUAGCGGCGGUGGUGGAUGAGACGGCGGUGGAGAGCGGAGGGAUGGUUGGAGGAGGUGGAGGAUCGCCAAGAGGAAAGUGUUUGAAGUCAUGUUUUGUUGGUAUAAGACCUCAAGAGAUCAGACCAGUCCUUAGUUGAUUAAUUAUUGUUAAUUAGUCUUUUUUUGCGGAAAACAAAUAUUACUGUCGCAGAAGUUUAAAGAAACAACCGGCUUAGAUUAGAGUAUGAAUUUGAGAGGGUUUUCUCAUAAAAUAAUUAAUUUGUUUCGUGUUUUGUAAUUUUCAGAGUGUAAUCUAUCUUCUUUGAGGAUUUUGUAGGUUAUUUAAACAUCUUUUUAGUGGGUUAAUAGUUUUGUCGGCACGUGAGUGAUGUUCUUUUUGUAAGUUUGAGUUUAUCUGGCCGGGUGGAUAGUGAAUACUAUGAGAAAGAGAUACACUGUAAGAGAAAA